AUGCCAGGUAACACUGCUAAUGCUGAACGUGGUUUCCAUAUUCAUGAAUUCGGUGAUGUCACUAACGGUUGUACUUCUGCUGGUCCACAUUUCAACCCUUUCAAAAAGACUCAUGGUGCUCCAUCUGCUGAAACUAGACAUGUUGGUGAUUUAGGUAACAUCAAGACUGAUGCCAAUGGUGUUUCCAAGGGUUCCAUGACCGAUAACUUGGUCAAAUUGAUUGGUCCAACCUCUAUUAUCGGUAGAUCUGUUGUUGUCCAUGCUGGUACCGAUGAUUUAGGUCAAGGUGGCAACGAAGAAUCCUUGAAAACUGGUAACGCUGGUGGUAGAGCUGCUUGUGGUGUUAUUGGUGUCACUUCAGCUUAA